AUUGUAACUGAGGUCGGUUGUUUUUGUUCGUCUGGGCAGCUGACAUAAACGAAGUACUUCACUUUAGCAUUUCAAUUUAUCGACGAGGUCAACACUGUAGCUAGACAUACAAAAACGUCAUCACCCUGGCAAAUUAAAUGGGUGCCGGUCCGAGCGCGGAGGGCGAAAGGGAACCACUACUCGUCCCAGCUCAGCCCGAGACGAACAUACAGCCUGCCUACAGCAGAGUCUACGGAAGAAGAUGGCUGGUCCUGGCUAUAUUUUCUCUUUUGGGGUUUAUGCAAGGGAUGGUUUGGAACACAUGGGGUCCGAUUCAGAACUCUGCCAGACAUGCUUACGGGUUCGCAAACACAGACAUCGCCGUGCUGGUGCUGUGGGGUCCAAUCGGGUACACGCCCUGGCUACUGUUCAUGUGGCUAAUGGAUAAAAAAGGACUGAGGGUGUCCCUGCUGCUGUCAGCCUUCUUCAUGGUGGCAGGGUCUGCGCUGCGAAGUGUACCACUACCUAACCUGCAGCUGAAAAGAUGGUUAAUCCAUGGGGGUCAACUGCUGAAUGGUUUAGCCGGUCCAACCAUAAUGAGCGCCGGGCCCCUCCUCUCCACCACGUGGUUCGCUCCGGACCAAAGGGCCACAGCCACAGCUGUCGCCUCACUGGUCAGCUACCUGGGGGCAGCAGCGUCCUUCCUGAUUGGUCCACUGGUUGUGCCAGCACCCAAUGACACGCAAGCACUGUACAGCACAAUUGACUGGGAUGUCAACCACAUAAGAGACAGGAUUCAGCUGGUUCUUUAUGCAGAGUUCGCCAUGAUCGCCGUGCUCUUCGCCGCCGUGCUGCUGUACUUCCCCUCGCGGCCGCCGGUGCCCCCCAGCGUGGCCGCUGCCAGCCAGAGGCUCAGCUACAGGAGCAGCAUCUGCAGGCUGCUCAGCAACCUGCGCUUCCUGAUGAUCGCGCUGGCCUACUCCGUGCCCACAGGCGUGGUAGCAGGCUGGUCCGGAGUUCUGGACAUGAUCCUGACCCCUGCCAAAGUCAGCCAGGUGGACGCGGGCUGGAUCGGGUUCUGGUCCAUCGUAGGCGGCUGUGUAUUCGGAGUAGCAAUGGCCAGGUUUGCAGACUCUAUUAGGGGCAUGCUGAAGCUGAUCCUGGUGCUGAUGAUGGCAGGUGCAUCGCUGGCCGCCACCUGGUUCACCCUUACCUGCCUGACCCGGCUCACCCACCUCCCCUCCACUGCAGCAACCCUGUACACCUCCUGCAUUCUGGUGGGCAUCUUCAUCAAUAGCAGCGUUCCCAUAUUCCUGGAGUUAUUCAUCGAGACGGUCUACCCCGUGCCCGAGGGCAUCACCUGCGGCGUGGUCACCUUCCUCAGCAACCUCUUCACCGGACUCCUGCUCUUCUUCCUCACCUUCUACUUCACAGAAUUGUCCUGGCUGAACUGGUGUCUCACAGGCUCCUGCCUCUUCAGCCUCCUCCUCAUCCUCCUCUUCAGAGAGUCCUACGACCGGCUCUACCUGGACGUCUUCGUCUCCGUCUGAGAGGACCUCUGUUUUUUAAAGACUGAACACUUUUAAUGAUGAACUUCUUUGCUCCAAAUUGCACAAUGAGGAAACUGAACGAAAAUAGAAGGUACCAGAUGACCCUUCUAUUAAAAUGUAUGAUUUCUCUAUACUUUUGUUUUCUUAAAAAAAAAAGGUAAAACUGUUAUUGAAACUGUUUAUGAUGAUGAUGAUGUUUUUAAUUUUAUCAUAGCCAAUGAGAAGUACCCUGAUUUAAGUCAAGUCAGGCUGAUUGUUACAGCGUACCCAGAGGUCUUCUAAAAUACAUCAUAAAAAGGAUUUUUAACAGUGAUGUAGUGCUGUAAAGUUUGACGUACAUUUGUGGCAUGAGGGAAUUUUCAUGUUGUUUACAGAUGUUUGUUAAUAAGAGGCUCUCAGUCUGCUGUUGUGGAGUCUCAAGACGGUUUUUUUUUUUCUGUAAUUAGUGCAGCCGGUGUAAUUACCAAUACCCACAAUUACUUGUGCAGUGCAAGGCGCUGCUCUAACAAGGGACCGGUCAUAGUUUUACUGUCAGUUAUAACUAUGAGUUUUUUGUGAAUCAAGGGAUUCCCAUUGUAAAUGUGGUGGCACGUGGUUGUUCUGGUCUCAGUUCCUCUACCUUUUUUUUCACCCCCCUGUUGUAAAUAGUGUGAAGUUUGAGAUGAUAUCGGAUGCCGAAAUUUGAAUGCGGCUCAAAUGACAAGGGCCCUGAUUGGGUGUGUUCUGGCAGGAAGCCCACCGUGCUCUUCACAGUGUAGAUGGUGUUUAAUUCUCGCUCUCUCCCCUAAUGUGCACAUAUAUAGAUCUGGCGACAGUCUGGUUCUCAGCGAGGGUUGCCGAACGGCAGCAUGGAGGAUGUAGGUAUUGCUCUCAUCAAGGGAUAAUGACACCAUAGUGGUUCUCAACAUGAACUCAAAUUAAGAGCCAGACUGUGUUUGCGAAGCCGUGAUUUGCUCUGAUAGUCCCCAUUAUCGGUUGGCUUUUACGUCAUGCCAUAAUUUUUAUGCCAGAGUUGUUGUACGGAUAUUUUUCAGUUUGAUGUCCAUAAAUUUUUUUUUUCCACUCUGAAGAAAUGAGGAGGACAAGAACCAGACAGCAUGUCGGGCAUAUUUUAACAGUUUUUGAUUUGUUGUUUUUUUUGUUUUGUCGUUUGUUUGUAAAAAAUUAAUUUAUUUUCAGGUGUCAGAACACUAACACAGAUUACUAACACUGCAUUUCAUGUGACUGAAAAUACAGAAAGUCACUUUUGUAUAUCUGUAGAUCUAUAAAGUAGCCUUGUUACUGAUGAAGAAGAGGAAGUCACAGUGGUGUUUACUGACUUUCAUGGUAAUGCAAAAUCCUCAUCAGCAGGUGGUGUAGUGGUCAGCAGGCAGUUCUUAUCACUAUGCCUUAAGAAAUGGAAACUAAAGGCCCAGAGAAUCAAAGGCUUGCUUCAACUAAGCCUCAUGUGGAUUGAUCAGAUUUUUUUUGGCUCUGAUGAUGUGAAAGAUGGAACUCAUUAAGAGCAAAACACUGACAGAGGAGAAUAAAUUAGUGUAUUUUAGCCAAAGAGUGUCUCAGCACUGCUGUUUGGACUGCAGUCAAACAAAUCUGGCGAGUGACCUCAAGGA